GCUUCGAUCUUUCGACAGGAGAAGCUAUGCAAGUCCAAAAUUUUGCAGCACUGGGGUUUCUGUUAGCAUGGGUAUGCUUUGCUGUUUCAUAUCCAACGAAAAGCACAGAACAGAAAGAAACCUACCAAGUUUGUGAGACACCUGCCUGUGUCCAGCGAGCCCGGCUUAUCAAUGAGUCCCUGAAUAAGUCCGUUGACCCAUGCACUGACUUCUACUCAUACGCCUGCGGUGGAUGGAUGUCAAAACACGAGAUACCAAAGAGCAAGCCAAUGACAGGCAACCUCAUCCUCCUCAACGACGAACUCAAGGAGACACUGCGAGACCUUUUAGGAAACGUGACCCUCGUUGGCGAGAAACAGAAUGUAACGGACAAAGCUGCUCUCGUCUACAAUGCUUGCGUGGCUGUUCCAGAUCUCAAAGAUAGACGUGACGUCGUCCUUGCUAUAAUGAAUGCUUCUGGUCUCGCUGAGUGGCCGAGAACGCGCCAGGACAAAUGUAAGAGAAGCAAAGCUCUCAACUCAACGGACGUCCUCAUCCAGACAAGAAUUUCUACGGUCCUUUCACCUAGUGUCUCACGGGAUUUCCAGAAUCUUAGUGCUUACACCAUUCAGCUUGAUCAGCUUCAAUUCCCGAUGGUGGGUAGAAACCAGCUCAUCAAUCAAACCACAAACUACAGCAAGCCAAUCAUUGCUGCUUACAAGAAUGUCAUUCAAGUUGCAAUGAAGUUCAUGAAACCCGACCUUGGUGACAGCGAGCUCAACGAACUUUCCGACAGGCUUCUUGCUUUUGAAAGAAAGUUGGCAAAUAUGACAGCACCCCCUGAAGAGAGGAGAGACACGAUGAAGAUUUAUCACAGAACCACCAUUGAUGAACUGGAGAGAAAGUUUUCUUACGUACCUAUUCGCGCUUUACUUCAGAAUGAGUUCUGUCGAGUAAACAUUACGUUAGCUCACAACGAGACUGUUGAACUGUUCGCUCUGGAGUACUACAAAAAACUAAACGAAUUUCUAAGAUGUGCCGACACUGACACGUUGUACAACUACGCUGGCCUGCGUCGCAUUCUCAAGUGGGCUGCGACUGGAUCCCAAGCAUUCCGAAAUGCUUCUUUAGAGCUUCGUAAAGCGAAAGCUGGAGUGCGCGUUGAAAAGCCGAGGUGGCAACUGUGCGUCGACUCGGUUAACGCAGCGAUGGCCGAGAGUGUAGGCUACAUCUACGUGCAACGCAAAUUUAGCCAUGAGGCUAAGGAAGAGGCAGAAGACCUUGCCAGAAGGAUCAUGGCGACAUUCAAUGAAUCUCUCCAAACGCUUAAGUGGAUGGAUAACAAGACUAGAGCUGCAGCAGAGAAAAAGUUGAGUAAAAUGGGAACCAAGAUUGGAUAUCCUGACUGGCUAUUCAACACGACCUACAUUGAGGAACGUUACAAAUUUGUACCAAAUCUUCCCCUCAAGGCACCCUACGGGGAGAUGAUGCACUCAAUAGCAAAAAACAACUGGAAGCGGGAAAUGCUGAAACUGCGCCGACCAUACGACAAGGAUGCUGAGUGGCUAGUCGGUGCAGCGGUUGUCAAUGCUUUCUACAAUCCGAACAGCAAUGAAAUGGUGUUCCCUUCAGGAAUUCUUCAAGGGGUCUUCUAUGAACAUGGACUUCCAAGAUCCAUCAACUUUGGAGCCAUUGGCAUGGUCGUCGGCCACGAGAUGACGCAUGGCUUCGACGAUCAAGGAAGUCAGUUCAAUGCAGAAGGUGCUCUCAAGCAAUGGUGGACCAACGAAACUCGCACUGAGUUCACGAAGAGGACCAAAUGCUUUGUGGAUGAAUACGGAAAUAUUACCGACAAGAAAGCGAACAUGACGCUUAAUGGAAAGAACACUGUGGGCGAGAACAUUGCCGACAACGGCGGGCUGCGUAUGGCUUUCGAGGCGUAUAACCAACUUCUGAAAAAGGAGUACAAAAACGUAGACACUCGUUUGAAGGGUCUGGAAAACGUCUCGGGGAAGCAGCUGUUCUUCAUAUCCAACGGAAUGGUAUGGUGCAGCUUGACCCGCCCCGAGUACCUUAAGCAGCAGAUUCAGUAUGACCCGCACAGUCCCGGUCCAUACAGAAUCAACGUGCCCAUGUCAAACAUGAAAGCAUUCUCCGAGACCUUCAACUGCCCAGCGAACUCAACCAUGAACCGUACAAACCGGUGCAGUUUGUGGUGAAGCUUUCUCACAAGGGAUUGGAAAGCAAGGCUCCAUCCAUUACCAGCGUGACGGAAGAUAUGCACUAACCUACAGGUUGUUACAAUAAACAACAGUGAACUCAA